GCAUCGAUGGUGAUCCAUCUGCUCUGUUUAUGUAAUGCUGGGUUUGUCAGAACUGAUGGACUUCUGCUGCACUAUCUAUCACGUUCUGACAUUCACUUCCAUCCACACACCAUUUUCUCACCUGCGACGGCGACGGCGACGGCGACGGCGACCUACAGCCGUGGUACAAGGCAAGGAAAGAGAAUCGAUUUCGUUUGGGGGAAAGAGCGGCAUGAGGUUUAGGGUUCGGCGCCCUCCAUCUCCAUGGCCGCCGCCGCCGCCGCCGCUCCAUCUCCUCGCCUCAGCCCGCCACCGCAACCGCCCUCCCUCUCGCCGCAUCCACGCCGCCAACUCCGGCGACUCCCAAGGCAAAGGUAAAUUCCUUCUACCUGGUGCAACAGCGGCAGUUCUUGUCAUGCUUGGCGCUCUACAUGCGAGGCGCAUGUACGACGACAACAAAGUUGUCCAGAGAAAGGAGAAAGGAAUUGAACCAGAAUUUUCGCCAGAUUUUAAGGCUUCAUUUUUUAGGCUUCUGCCAUUGCGUUCCAUGUCACGUUUCUGGGGAUCCUUGAUGGAAGUGGAUGUCCCAGUUUUCAUGCGCCCCACCAUUUACAAAACAUGGGCUAGAGCAUUUCACUCUGAUUUGCAAGAAGUUGCUCUUCCUCUAGAAGAAUAUCCUUCUUUACAGGCGUUCUUCAUCCGCAGUCUCAAAGAAGGAGCAAGACCCGUUGAUCCAGAUCCAAACUGUCUGGUGAGUCCUGUGGAUGGUAAAGUUUUGAGGCUUGGAGAGCUAAGGGGUCCAGGAACCAUGAUUGAACAAGUGAAAGGCUUUUCUUAUUCUGUUUCUUCUCUUCUUGGUACGAGUUCAUCCCUUCACGAUGCUGCAGAGGAAGAACUUUCCAGGGAGCGCAUAGAGCAAAGUACACCUGAGAAUUCAAAUGCAAAAUCGUGGUGGCGAGUAUCAGUUGCUUCACCUAAACUACGGGAUCAAACAGUUUUGAGUCCGAAGAAAGGCAUCUUUUAUUGUGUCAUCUAUUUACACCCUGGUGACUAUCAUCGAGUUCAUUCCCCUGUUGAUUGGAAUAUUUUAAAACGUCGGCAUUUCUCAGGCCAUCUUUUCCCCCAGAAUGAACGUGCCGUACGGACCAUCAGGAACCUGUAUGUUGAGAAUGAAAGGGUAGUGCUUGAAGGGCGAUGGAAAGAAGGCUUUGUUGCACUCGCAGCUAUUGGCGCUACUAAUGUUGGAUCUAUCAGGGUAAAUCUGGAACCAGAGCUGAGGACGAAUAGGGCAGUGUCAAUGAUGGUCCACUCCCUGGCUGCUGAGGAGCGUGUUUAUGAACCUGAAGGCACUGGUGUGGUGGUUAAGAAGGGGGAGGAGAUAGCAGGAUUUAAGAUGGGGUCAACGGUGGUGUUGGUGUUUGAAGCCCCAUCGAGGGAGGUGUCCUCAGCUUCAGCAGACUUCAGCUUCUGCGUUAGGGCUGGCGACAAGGUGAGGGUGGGAGAAGCUAUUGGGCGGUGGAGUGAUGAAUCGUAGCAGCGAGCAUUUCGUGCUAAGAGCCCGGCUAUGUUUUGGGCUCUGAAUGUAUGCAGAUGGCUGGAAAAGCUUUCUAGUGCAAGGAGGUAAAAUCUUUGGAGGGAGGGGACGUUGUCCGGAACUCCUGAUUCAGGAGGCGCUCUUCUGUAUUUUUUUUUUAACGUGGACCACCUAUUUUUUUCAUCGUGAAAU